AACAAAAUGGCGUCGGGCAGCUCCUCCUCUCCUGUCGGAUAAGCGCCAUUUUGUCAUUUUCCGUUAGCUGUCCGGGCGCGCUGUUGUGCGUUGUGCUGCCAGUUUUAACUGUGAAUAUUCUUAAAUUUUACAAGAAGUGCAUUGUUAAUCCAAGUUGAUCAGCAUUCGAGUUCUACAGAGAAGCUACUGGUGUUUGGAUACAAACACCGCGAACGGAGUCGACCUAUUGGAUAAGAAAUGUUAAACAAUGCAAUUAAUUUUAGAAACUGAGAGUUUAGAUAUAAACACUAAAAUGUCUGAAAUAGACGUUCAAUCACACUUAGACACCAAAUCUUUGUCAAAUGGCAUAGUUGAUAGUAUAAAAAUAGUCAACGGAGAACUGAAAAAUAAAGAAGAAAUAAUUGAAAAGCCAGAGCCUGUGGCUGAGGUUCCAGAAAAUGACAAAUGUAACAAAGUGAAAGAUGACACUUCUAGCUGUGAGAAACAAAUUAAUGUUACUGAGACAAAAGAAUUAGUUAACUUAGAAAAAACAAAAGAUGAUCAAAUAGAUGUUAAGUCAAAUGAAAGCGGUAUUGAUAAAAACGCCAAUGGAGACCUUAAAAAUGGAGAAGAAAUGAUUGAAAAGCCUGAGAAUGUGGCCGAGUUUGUAGACAAAAUUGAUGACAAAUCUGGAAAUGAAGAGCAAAUAAAUACCAAUGUAACAGAAGAUUUAGUUAACUCAGAAAAAAUAAAAUAUGACAUUGCGGAGUUAAAUAAAAACAGUGAUGAUUCAAACGAUAAAGAUGAAGAAAAUAGUAACGGUAAAGAAACUUUAACUGAAAAGACGGGCAUAGAUACAAUUAGUGAAAGUUCAAAUAUUGAAGAAACUACAAAGAAAAUCGUAAGUGAAUGCAAUAUUGAAAAUAAAGAAAAUGGUCAUGAUAACGGCAAUGAUACAUCUGAGAAUGUUGGUUUAGAAAACAAUACAGAAGAAAAUAUUAAGAAUACACCGGAAAUCCAUGAAAACAUUUUGGAAAAAAGUUUAAAUGAUAAUGAACAACCUAAAAAUAUGCUGAACAACAUUGAGAUAAACGCACCUGAUCAUAACGAGACUGAUAAUGAAACUUGUGCCUCAACUAGAUCGGUGACUGAAACUGUCCAAAGCAUGGAUGUGGAAUUGACAAACAGUAUCGAAAGUAAACCCGAUAAAGAUAACAUAAAACAGAAAGAAGAAAUUAGUACACUCAAUACUAGAAACGACGAGGAGAAAAUAGUCGACGAUAGUAUUACACCAAUAAACAGUCAGUUAGAUAAAGAAUCCGAAGAAACUACUAUGUGUUCUCCUGAUGCAGUUACUGAAGAAACUGAUGGUAGUAGUGAUGGAAAGUUUGUUGAAACUAUGGUAUCUAAUACUGAAAAUAACACCGUUACGGAAAACAUAACCAUUGAAGAAACAACAGUUGAUGACAGCAAUAAUGCCAAAGACAGUAUAUCUGAAAAGGAAACGGUAACUGCAAAAAGUACUGGUACAUCUGAAAUAGUUGAAAGUAUGGACGUCGAUGAAGAACCUGAGAUUACAAAUUCAAAGGAAACUGUAGAUCCCAAACACGUUGAUACAAAUGAUGGGGUGACCGAUGCAGUAAGCGUUGAAAAAGAUUCGCAGGAAAAGACAGAUAACCCAGCAAAUGGAAAAAUCGACGAACAUGAUUGUGUUGAAAGUCCAGAACAAAUUGAUAGCUCUGACGAUUGUAUGGAAGUCAGUGAAGUAAGCAAAGAAACUCCUGAUGGGCCUACAAAACUUACAAGUAAAUCAGUUCUUGCAUCUGAAGUGACCGAGACUAAUAUAAGUAGUGAAAAGACUGAUUCUACUGUAAUAGUUAAAGCCACAGAAAGAAAAAAGAGUGUAAGUGGGCUUUCAAAUAGUCUUAAUAUUUUAUCUGAUGAUGAGGAAGAAGAACCAGUUAUGUCGGAAAAUAAAAAGGAACAAAAUGUAUUGAAUAAUGAGUCAGAAGAUAAGUGUAUAAAUAUAGAAGAUGAUGAUGAUAUCAUGUUGAUUGAUGAUGAUACAAAUUGUAAACAAGAGAUUUCUAAGACUGAAUCCCCUACAGUAGAAGAAAUUAAAGAUGUACCUGUUAAAGAUGAAGAAUUGAAAGUUGAAGAAGGUGGCGUUGAAACUACAGAGAGUGUGAAACCAGAUGUAAUAGAAAAAAGCGACUCCACUGCAAACAUUGAGACACCCAAGACGGAAGAAUCAGAUUCUGAUGUCAAAGUAGAAGAUGCUGUUAAAGAUGAUAUACCUGCUAAAGUCUCAGAAAAAAAGCCAAUAGUUCCCCCAAACUUCUUGAAGACAUUCAAAACCAAUGUCGCUGAAAUGACCAGGGAAGAACUAGAAGAAUUUUGUCUCGUAAAAAUAGUUGAAGGUGUUAUUGAUCGCAGCAAUUUGAGUGAGAUAAAAGCAAAACUAAAAACUAUGUCACAGUCUAUGGAAGAGUGGCGGAAAAAAUCUAUGAUGCUGACCAAACAGAAUAGAGACUUACAAAUUGUUCUAAAAACUGUAACGGAGGAGCAAAAGAAGCGAACUGAUCUGCCUAUUACACCUUUGAAGAUUACUCGCUCGGUUGGCAUGCAGGUAUUCAUGUCCGACCUCAGUAAUGACAGAGCACCAAAACGGAAGGGUCAAUUGAAUGCUAACAAUAGACCUGGUAGGCCACCGGUCAACCCGAGUCCAAGGCCGGCCAAAGCUCCCCCUAACACCCCACCAGCCAGCGCCAAGCCCCAACAGAUACCCGUGCCGAGACUAGUACCCGCAACUAACAACAACUCCCCCUCUAAGAACACGAAGCCUACCUCAUCACAAGUCCAAAGCUCGACCGUCAGUAGUAAUAGUGAAAAAACUUCUACUCCAACACAUAAUGGGGUUAAGAACACCACCCCAGUGAAACCUGUGGAGAAAAGGCCAUUCAGCAGUGUCCAGUCGGUGACAGUUGACUUGACGGACGACGAACCUCCUCAUAAGCAAGUGGUGACUUCGAGGAACGCCCCGCAACCACCGGUCAGGCUGGUCGCGCAACAACAACUGCUAACGCCUCGCGGGCAGAUGCAAAACCAAACAAACCAAUCUGGACCUCGAAAAGUGUACAUUCCUAUCAACCAAAACACAGGCCACAUCAGGCCUGGACAAACUAUCAUGUUGAAGUCCGUACCAACACCUCCUCGACCUAGACAUCAUGCGCCGAUACUUCGGCUACCGAACAGCUCUGGUACUAUCAGAUUACCUCGAAAUCAGACGCAUCGGCAUCCGGCGCCGCUGCCAGAUGUGGCCAAGCAGUCGCAGCCGCCUAACUGGAAGUCGCUGCCCCCCGCCCCUGACCUAAAGAUAUCCAAGGUGGAAAAUGGAAUCGUCAUCUCCUGGAAGAUCGAAGGGUACCAAGAAGACAGUUACGAAGAGAUAGCAAGCUAUCAACUGUACGCCUAUCAAGAGACCUCCUCGCCCCCUAGUACUAUGUUGUGGAAAAAGAUUGGCGACGUGAAAGCACUGCCUCUGCCCAUGGCCUGCACUCUCACUCAGUUCAUGGCGGGGUACAAAUACUUCUUCGCGGUGAGGGCAGUCGAUGUCCGAUCUCGCAUCGGGCCCUUCAGUCUGCCCGGAAGCAUACUUUUGCUGAACAAAUAAAGACUGAUAAACGCGAAUUUUAUGUGUCCUAAUUAGUGCAAGUGAUUAUGAACAGUGUUGUAUUGAUUCAAGUGAUAUUGAUAACUUAUUAUAAUUUGUGGUGUAUAUUUCGGUUCUCCCGCUUUUAACUAAGACUUUAAUGUAAGUGUAAAUAAUUUUUGUCACAUUAAAAUCCGCACUGUGGAUAACGAUAGCACUUGAUAUUUGCGUUGCUUUCAAUGGUAGAUUUUAAUGUGACACAUAAGGUAAGGUAGGUUUAAGCCGCGCCAAUCAAGAAACGAAUUUGAAAGUGGAAUAACAUAUCAAACCGUUGACAAAACAGAGAUGCUGGAUAGCGGGUGGUAGUGUGCUAGUCAGUUUUAUUCGUAACUUUAUUGGCGCGGCUCAUUCAUCGAUUUUAAUUUAUGAGCGAAGGUAAAUCCGAUUAGGAUUGAUCUGACUGCCACUGAUCUCCAGUUAUCUUCAUACAAUAUAAUAAAAAUACAUACACACUUUUUAAACCAAUUUAUUCUAGAAAAGUACAUAAAUGUAAAAUUAGAUAGACAAUUUCGUUGUGGUGUAUUAUUAAUAAAAAUAUCCAACUUACAUGUAACGUGGACUAACUAAACUUUA